GUGCAAUCGUAUUAAGAUGGAACUGGAAUUAACGCGUGUUGAUUACAUUAACGUUGGCCUAACGGGCCCAAACUGUCUCCAGCUACUGCCACCGAUCGGUAGCACCGGAGGCACGAGCGGGUACAAGCAACAGCAAAAAGUCGCCAUUGGUGACCAGGAGGGUGUGUUGCAGGUUUUUUCGAUGAAAAAGGACGAACUACAAAUGCAUUUCAAGACAUUACCAAGCGAACGCAUCGCCUCGGUGAAGCUUGGUGGGCAGUCGGGCUCGGUAGCGGACAAAAUCUUUACCGCCUCCGAAAACAAGGUACGAGGGUUCAACAAGAAGGGCAAACUGUUCCUCGCUUUCGAGACGAGCCUCACCGAAACCAUUCGGUCGAUGUGUGUGAGCGGCAGCGAUCUGUUGGUGUGCGGUAACCACGUGUACAACCAUUACCGAGAUUGCAAGGAAAUUGGAUCGUACCUUUGCGGUGACGUGAUUGUAGAUGUAGCAGCACUCUGCCCGAAUAAUACCAGCCGGUUAAUAACAGUGUUGGCUUGCUCAGGACGAGUUUUACGCAUCCUCGAGCAUUCCCGCGUACGCCAAACGCUCGAACUGGACAGCGUGCCAACGGUGCUGUACGUUCCCAAAGGCAUUGGCAAUCGUAUGCUGUGCGGAUUCAGCGAUGGAAGUGUGGUUCUGUUUCAUCUGAACCUUCAGGUUACAGAGGUCAAGCGCGAGGUGCUGGUUUCAGAUCAACUGCUGAAAGAAGGGCAAGAGCGAGGCGAAGGAAGCUCUAGUGCUGUCACAUGUUUGACCACAUAUGAUCUGGCCGGCGAUGGAAAGGAAGAACUGAUUGUCGGUUACCGCGAUGGUACGCUAAGGGUGUUCACGAUGAAUUCGGACGAAUAUCAGUUCGAGAUGGAAUGCACACAGAUUUAUAGCGAAAACUUUAACGAAAGCAUCUCAAGCGUCCAAGGAGGCUGCGUUGGUGCCACAAACUAUACCGAAAUCGUAGUGUGCACAUAUUCGGGUCGAGUCUUUGGCUUAACAACCCAAUGCAUUAGCAAAGUUCUUAGCGACAGCGGACACUUUGCCGAUCGUGCAACACCUAUCGCCGUUAGUCAAGCCAUUGAUUCAUCGGCAAAGCUGCAGCGUAUCAGAGCGGAAAUCUAUGAGCUCGAGCAGACGAUCGCCAAGGAACGCGAGCGGUACCAACUUUCGACACAAGCCUUGUCUACAGGACUCUCCGCAAUUCCGAUGCUACCGGUAAACGAUGCCUUCGUGCUUUCAAAAAGUGAUGCUACCUAUGUGCUAUCACUGGAAAUACCCACACCUAUUGAGCACGUGCUGUUACAAUGUGACACACCCAUCAGUUUGCUCGAUGUCGAGAAAAACAGUGCUGUGGUCAGUUUUAGCGAGUGCGAUAAGCUAAGCGGUAACAGUCUGUUGGCCAGCUAUCGCUGCCAGCUAAACACGAACCGUAUUGAUUUGAUGUUCCGCACGAUUGAGGGUCAAAAUGGAACGCUGCAGGUGUACAUUACACCCAAUCUUCAACCGAAAUGUUGCCAAUUGAAGCGUUAUCACAUUAAACCGCUCUCGCUGCAUGCCAUCAUGCACAACGCCACGGAUACGAUGUUGGCUCGCCCGAUGAAUACGCUCACAUUGAAGGGCCCUUUCAGUCAGGCGGAAGUGCACAACUGGAUGAUCAACAGUAUCCCCGAGCUGCCGGAAAAGCUGCACGAUAGUGGCAAGGUGCGGCAUACGUUCCAACACGUCUUCAUCGGCACACUGCUGGUGUGUGAGUAUGGGAAAGGGGAAGCGACUUUCCGCAGUGACAACAUUUCCACAAUAUCGAUCCUGAAAGAUUUCAUUACCAAAGAAGCGACUAAAAAACGGAUAAAAUUAGAAAUAUCCACUUCUAUUAAUGAAUCUACCAUUCCAUCGUUGAUCAAAUUAAUUGAACCGAAAAUUCUACACUAUAAUAAACUUACCAAAGAUUGUCAGAUGGCACAAGCCCUGCUUGAUUUGGACAUACGCGAUGAGUCCGAAUUUAACAUGCUGUCGAAGGAGUACCAAGACUUGAUUCGUAAUCAGCAAUCUAUUGACGAGGAAUUUCGGAAGCAACCAACAGUGCUGAAUCGGAUUUACGGUAUCCUAACCGACCUAUACAUCGAUAAGUUCAAAUUCAAAGGAGUUAAUGUUAAAGCAAAACUUCCACUGCUAAUCGAUUUGUUGGAAAAUUAUUGCUACGACGAAUUGGUCCGUUUUUACACGGCCGAAAGGGCGGAAGAAGGUGUUAAUAAAGACUAA